CAUGGCCUCAUGUAUGUAGCAUUCAUAGUCACAACACGUAUACUACAAUUGCAUAGUGCUGCGAUCGCCGUUUCUUCUCUGAAACAAACACACCGACACCAAUCACUCUCUUUGAUCCAUUCCGUUUAGACGAUUAGCUUUUACGAUGGCCAGCCAUAACUACAAAGUCUUCAGCUGCUUCAACAGGAAGUUCACCGUCACCGAGCCGGGCCCACCGCCGGACGUCCAAAAAGCGUUUUCUGAAUUUGCCGACGGAGCCUCCUCCCUGUCCGGCGAUCAGCUCCUCCGAUUUCUGGCGAAGCACCAGGGCGAAGUGGACUGCACCGCAGUGGAUUCGGAGCGGAUCCUCCAGCAAUCGCGGAAAGAGGAUCGGGAAAGUGGACUGGAUCUCCACGACUUCUUCCGUUUCCUGCUACAUGACGAUUUCAAUAGCCCCAUCAAAUCUCAGGUACAUCAUGAUAUGACUGCUCCAUUGUCACAUUAUUUCAUUUAUACUGGGCACAAUUCCUAUCUUACCGGGAAUCAACUGAGCAGUGACUGCAGUGAUGUGCCAAUCAUAAAGGCUUUGCAACGAGGUGUGAGAGUAAUUGAACUAGAUUUAUGGCCAAAUUCAGACGAAGAUGAUAUCGAAGUAGUUCAUGGAAGGACUCUUACCACUCCUGUCUCACUCAUCCAAUGUUUGAAGUCCAUAAAAGAGUAUGCUUUUGUUAAAUCUCAUUACCCACUCAUUAUAACUUUAGAAGAUCACCUUACUCCAGAUCUUCAAGCUAAAGCUGCAGAGAUGGCAACUCAAGUAUUUGGAGAAUUGCUUUAUUAUCCUCAGACAGAUUCUCUGAUGGAAUUCCCCUCACCGGAAUCAUUGAAAGGCCGAAUUCUUAUAUCAACCAAACCACCAAAAGAAUUUCUUGAAUCCAAAGAAUAUGAUGACAAGGACAAUGAAAAGGAAUCAGCUGACGAGCUUUCAUCAUUGCCAGAUCAAACUAGUGAACAGGAAACUGAUGAUAAGCAGAGUGCACCUGAGUACAAACACUUGAUUACAAUCCAUGCUGGGAAACCAAAGGGUGAUAUACAGGAUGAAUUAAAAGCUGCUGGAGCAGUUAGGCGCUUAAGCUUAAGUGAACAAGCACUUGAAAAGGCUUCUGAAUCUUAUGGAGCUGAUAUUGUUAGGUUUACACAGAACAAUAUUCUCAGAGUAUAUCCAAAGGGAACACGUCUCAAUUCCUCAAAUUACAAGCCACACAUAGGGUGGACGUAUGGAGCUCAGAUGGUUGCGUUUAACAUGCAGGGGUAUGGCAAAUCACUUUGGUACAUGCAAGGAAUGUUUAGAGCAAAUGGACGGUGCGGUUAUGUGAAAAAACCUGAAUUUCUUAUUGAGAAAGGUCCACAUAAUGAGGUUUUUGAUCCUAGAAGAACAUUGCCUGUGAAGAAAACAUUAAAGGUAAAAGUCUAUAUGGGGACUGGUUGGAGCUUAGAUUUCAGCCAAACAGACUUUGAUACUUACUCGCCACCAGAUUUUUAUGUUAAGGUUUGUAUUGUUGGAGUUCCUGCUGAUAUGGCCAAGAAGAAAACAAGUGUAAUUUCAAAUAACUGGUUUCCUGUUUGGGAUGAAGAGUUUGAUUUCCCUUUGACUGUUCCAGAACUGGCUUUGCUCCGCAUAGAAGUUCGAGAGAAUGAUAAGAGUCAGAAGGAUGACUUUGGUGGACAGACAUGUUUGCCUGUCUCAGAGCUAAAAUCUGGAUUCCGAUCAGUCCCUCUCCAUGAUGAAAAGGGUGACAAAUUAAAAUCUGUGAAGCUUUUGAUGUGGUUUCAGUUUAGAUGAAUUAUAGGAUCAGCCAUAUAAUAAUCUUAGAUAAUGGAUAUGAGGUCAUUGUAAUGAUAAUUAUAUUUAUCUUUAGCUGCUUGCAAUGGUAUUUCUGGCUUUACUAUGUUAUAUUUUCUGCACCAUCAACAUCAAUAUAAACAGUAUUAAGAACUUCCAAUA